CACUUGCACAUCAAAGAGCCGUUCGCAAACCAAAACAUACCUCAAAUCAGGGCCGCAUCCCGCCAGCUCGCGCGCGAGUGGGGUUUCUUCCGCUCAACCUAUGCAGACACCAGCCUCUCACUGGCAGCGACGCACUGCCUGAUAGAGCCCGCUGAGAAGAGCGUCGCCACCGACGCCGGUCUGCGCCAUGUCCUCCGCCUCGACGACCACACUCUCGCCCGGGCCACUGCCCUGACCACCGCAGAGACGGUCGAUCCGGCUGCGGCGGCCACCGUCGUGAGCGGUCUUCAACUGUACGCAACGACCCUGCACCUCUUGCGGAUGCGUCAGGAGGCGGCCCAGACGGCAAGCACAGCUACUGUCACCACCAGCAUCACCACCCAGUCAGCGCAACCUGCACCGCAGCCAGCCGCCGUCACCAUCCAUGCCGGCUACCGCACGCGCCUGAUCGCACGCGCCAUGGACAUGAACACGGUCUACUUCUCCACGCACCACGGCUGGGGCAUGCAGUUCGCGGCCGGCAUAUCCGCGUCGCUAGCCGACCUGCUGAAGCGGCUGGAUCGGCCACAAAACCAAGCCUGGACUACCGAUCUGGGCCUGCCUGGCGUCGCGCAUCUGCGGUCCUUCAUCACCGACAACUCGGUCCGCGGCAGCGGGGCCGGGAGGACGCUGCUCGCUGCUGCCAUGGCAUUUGUGGGCGAGGUCGGAUUCGAGAAGGUUCGGUUACAUACGAUACGGCAGCUUGAUGCUGCGAGGAGGCUGUACAAGAUGUUUGGGUUCGUCGAGGUAGGCGAAGUGGAGGUGCACAAGUUUGGCAUCGUCUUUGACCAGCUGGAGUGUGUCUGGAAAAGGCCUGGGUUGCGAUUUACUGACUGA